UGAUGAUGAUGUCGGCCGAGGCGACGCUCAGGUUCUGCGUGUGGGUGACCCUCGGGCUCUGCGGUCUGGGGGGGUCCCGCAAGGACACUGAUGUUCCAUUUGUUCUGCACGGAGGCCCUGCUAACCAGGGCUUCUCCAAGUCACUCAGCGAUGCCAACUUGAUGUAUGAGUUUCUGCUGGGUGGCCUGAUGAUUGAUGCAGAUGACAACGUCUACCUGCUUGACCAUGAGCUGGCUUCGAUGCGCCAAGGCCGCGCCUUCAUCGCCUACUUUAAUGACAAUGUGCCCAAGACCCUCAUUGGCAUGGAGAGGCUGCUAACCUCAGUCGAGGCCCGGAAAAAGGUGCUGGACCCACUGCGUUUCGAGACCCUUGUCCUGGGGGCUGUGUACUCUGCAUACCAGAUGCGCAGGCAGACAUCUGAGGAUGUUCAGCAGGCCUGGGGUGGGGUCUUAGCCCGACUGGCCAACACUACCCUCCACGACUUGCGCACCAAUGCCAUCUCCAAUUAGUUACCAUUAUUCACAGUUCCCCUUUCCAUUUUUUUUGAAAUCCUACUUAGCCAACUGCAAGGAUUAUUUUGAAAGCAAUUUUAAUUUAAUUGAUAUCAUCUGAAAAAUAGUCAGCAAUAUAAAAUAUGCCAGAGCUCCAGGACCAACUGUAACAGAAGAGUGAUUUUAGAUAUGGCACAUGCCUUCUAACUCCUACGUUGUGAUAGCAUGUUUGUUUUGUGUUAAUAAUUUUACAGUACAGUUAGUAAUUUUACAGCCUUAGCUUGAUCUAAUAACCUACUCUCACGUCCAUGCCUACAACUCAACCGACAACACCUGACUCUGGUCCAGCACCUGACUAACUGCUCACCCUUUAAA